AGAAAACUGCAUUUUUAAGCUCUGGUAUUACCUUUAAAGUGUUGUGCAAAAUGAGCCAGUCAAGUGUAAUAACAAUAUUCUGAACUGUUCACCCUGGUGCCUGUCUUGGAAUGUUUGCCUGUGUGCGUGCAUGGGUAAUUAUAGGCCUAUGCUUAGGCAUAAGUUUUGGGAGUACACCAUGUGCAGUGACUCUUUGCGGAAGGUGUUGGGCCAUUUUUUGGAUGACUCCUUGGGGGCUAUUAUUGCACCAUGUUUGUGAUUUGCAGUCUGAGCCUUUUCGGGCUAUGUGGUUAUGGGAGCAGAAGAGGUGUUGUUUGCCCUCUAAUCAUCCUUUCUGUGCGCGUCCUCCUCUGUGUCAUUGCCAGACUUCUUGGUGACUCAGAGAGCAUUUUAACUAAAAUGCACUGACGUAAAGCCAUGGUUUGGGUCCAAGACAAAUCGUCCUGGCUGCUUAAAUUGGAAGUCUCUCCACUGGAACACUGUCAAAGUAUCUUGAUUCCUGGCGCGUGCACAAUAAGAAAACGAACUUUCUGCAGCGUGGAUUUUAUCGUUCAGUCUGGGUUACUGUUAAGUGAACAACAGAAACUCGCCAUCGGCCUCUCUGUUGGAGUAGUAAAUGGUCUCAUUCAUUGCCGGUUUACGGCUCUAAUCGGAGGUAGAGCGACUAACAGAUAACUGCUUUGUCAAAGGUCACAGCAAUGUGAUUCCAGAAUAGCAGAGCAGGGCAGUGGCGCGGUUUGUAAGCUCAGUCAGUGAACGGCCCAUGGGCCUGAGGUAGGCUACUACGACAGCUGGAGCGUGGAGACCCGAGCCCUCGGGGGAACUCGCCACAGAAUGGGGAUUUUCAGGUGCUUCGCUACCGCGAGGCGGAGGUGCGCCUGUCGAAGCACACAGACGCCCCCAGAUGAGAUCAUGCAGCAGGAUAGCAGCCCCCUGUGUGCAGCUGACAUCGACCUGGACCUCCGGAAGCAGUUUGCCUUCCUGUCAGGAGGUAGAGGGGAGAACGGAAGCCCCAUCAUCAUCUUCCCAGAAUGCCCUUCUUUCGGAGACCUCCAGGAGCAGGAGUUCCACAACGUGCUCACAUACCUGACCAGCGUGCCCAGCCUCUCGGCAGCAGCGGUCGGGUUCAUCUUGGUCAUCGACCGGCGGCAGGACAGAUGGUCGUCGGUGAAGGGGACCCUGCUACGCAUCGCGGGCUCCUUCCCAGGGAAUCUCCAGCUAGUCUUGGUGUUGAGGCCGACAACGCUUCUGCAGCGGACUCUAUCCGACAUCUUCUUCAAGUUCAGCAAGGAUGAGUUCAAAAUGAAGGUGCCGGUGAUAAUGCUCAGUUCGGUCACUGAGCUCCACAGCUACAUUGAUCGGACUCAGCUGACGCAGGAGCUGGGAGGCACACAGGACUACUGCCACGAGAAGUGGAUAUCCCACCGCACGGCGAUCGAGGGCUUUGCGCUAAUGGUGAAGAAGACAGCCCAGACGCUGCAGUCAUUCGGCACGGAGCUGGCCGAGACGGAACUGCCCAAUGACGUGCAGGCCACCGCCAAUCUGCUCAGCACACACACCACCAAGAAGGACAAGAUGAAGGAGGACCUGAAGAUCGCGCUGUGUCAGGGUGGUCGUCUGCUAGAGAGCAUCAAUGAGCCGCUGGUCAAAGAUGCCGACUACACCAUGAACCAGGAUGAGAUGGAGAACCUUGCCACUGUACAGAGGCUGCUGGGUCAGCUGGAUGAGACGGAGACGGCGUUUGAUGACUUCUGGGAGCGUCACCACACCAAGCUGGAGCAGUGCCUGCAGCUACGACACUUUGAACACAAUUACAGAGAGAUUCGCUCCCAACUGGACCAGGUAGCAGAGAGACUCGCCGGCUUCUCGGAGGUGGGCAUAAGCCCCGCCCAUGCCGAGCACAUCCACAAAGAGCUCUGUUGCCACGAAGAACGCACCUGCGAGGUGUUGGAGCACGCCCUGUCCCUGGCCUCGGAGGGCGACCAGCUGAUCGAGAGCUCCCACUACGCGGUGGACUCCAUCCUGCCCAAGUGCUCCGAGCUGCGCACCAUCGCCGAGGAGAUCGGCUCCGUCAUGAGGGCCAAGAAGGCCCACCUGGCCAAGGCCAUGGAGCUGCACCAAUGCCUGGAGAAGGCCACCAGGUGGUGUGACAGUGGCAUUUACCUGCUGGCCUCCCAGCCGGUGGACAAGUGUCAGUCUCAGGACGGGGCGGAGUCAGCUCUACAGGAGCUGGAGCGUUACUUGGAGACGGCCAAUCAGCACAGGUUGACGGACCCCUGCUCCAUAUGGAGGGACUACGACAGUGUGCUCAACUCAGAGUUCAGGGAGCAGGUGGAGAGGGUUCUCCAGAAGCAGGUGUCAAUGCAGGAGAUGUUUGACAAGCGGAGGGUCAGCCUGAAGAAGCUCGCCGCCAAGCAGACGAGGCCCGUCCAGCCCGUGGCCCCGCGCCCAGAGACCCUUCCCAAGUCGCCCAUCUCCUCACCAGCUCACAGAAGCCAAGAGAAAGAAGGCUCCGAUGCAGAGAUCAUCAGUGGCUGUAAGAAAGACCCCAGCCUGCCCAAUGGGACCAACAGCAGACCUCCAUCUCUAUCAGAGGAGGAGGAGAACCUGGCUGUGCUCCGGCGGCAUGUGAUGAACGAGCUGCUGGAGACAGAGAGAGCGUAUGUGGAGGAGCUGCUGUGUGUCCUACAGGGCUAUGCAGCAGAGAUGGACAACCCUACCAUGGCACACCUCAUGCCCAACGCCCUGGUCAACAAGAAGGACAUCCUGUUCGGCAACAUGCCCGAGAUCUACCAGUUCCACAAACGGACGUUUCUUCGGGAGUUGGAGGCGUACACGGAUUGUCCUGAACUUGUGGGCCGCUGCUUUCUGGAGAGAAUGACAGAUCUGCAGAUCUACGAGAAGUACUGCCAGAACAAGCCCCGCUCAGAAAGCCUCUGGAGGCAAUGCUCUGACUGUGCCUUCUUCCAGGAAUGCCAAAAGAAGUUGGAACACAAGUUGGGCUUGGACUCAUACCUGCUGAAGCCGGUACAGAGGAUCACCAAGUACCAACUCUUACUAAAGGAGCUGUUGAAGUACAGCAGGAGUUGUGAAGGAUCAGAAGAUCUGCAGGAGGCCCUGACGUCCAUAUUAGGCAUCCUGAAGGCCGUCAAUGACUCCAUGCACCUCAUCGCCAUCACAGGAUACGAGGGCAACAUGAGUGAGCUGGGCCGUCUGCUGAUGCAGGGUUCCUUCAACGUGUGGACGGAGCACAAGAAGGGUCACGCCAAGGUGAAGGACCUGGCGCGCUUCAAGCCCAUGCAGAGGCACCUCUUCCUGCACGAGAAGGCCCUGCUCUUCUGCAAGAGGCGCGAGGAGAACGGCGAGGGCUACGAGAAGGCCCCCUCGUACAGCUUCAAGCACUCGCUCAGCAUGAGUGCAGUAGGUAUUACGGAGAAUGCCAAAGGAGACAACAAGAAGUUUGAAAUCUGGGCCAACUCCAGAGAAGAGGUCUACAUUGUGCAGGCUCAAACGACAGACAUCAAAACAACCUGGGUGAACGAGAUAAGAAAGGUUCUGACAGAACAGCUGAAGGCUUGCCGAGAUGCAAUUCAACAGAAGGCUUCUGACCAGGUUUCCCCUGUGCCUGCCAGCAACAAUGGCUCUAUCAGCUUAAGCCCUUUCAAGAACAGCCAGAAAAGCCUAAAGAAGGGAGAAGAGAAGAAGGCUGAGGUUGUAGUGGCUGACAGCAACACCGGCUCUUCCCCUAAGCCCACAGACAAGACUAAAGAAGAGACGGUCACCAGUCCCACCACAGACAGAGCCGCAGCUGCUAAAAAACGUUUUACCCUCCAGGGAUUCAGCAACCUCAAGAGUCAGAAAGGCUGGGCCAAGGCAUCGCUCUCCAUGGAUGCCUCUGAGGAGCAGGAUGGGUACUCCAGCGCUGAGGACCCCCUGAACUCUGACCCUGAGGAUGACGGCGGCAAAAAACUGGCUCCUGGCAAGUAUGUGGUGGUGUCGGACUAUGAGAAGGGAGGUGCCCAGGACCUGACUGUGAAGAGUGGAGACACGGUGCAACUGGUGAAGGAGGGAGACGAUGGACAAUGGUUUGUGAAAAACCUGAAGACCAACAGAGAAGGCUGGGUACCUGCUGCUAAUCUCCUUACGUUAAUCGGAGAGUCAAAAUCAUCACAGUCUCUCACAAGCUCAGAGGGAAGCGGCUCAGGCAACCUGAGUACCUCGUCCAGCUGCAGUGAGACCUACACAAGCUACUCUGACAUCAAGCCCUAGUGAUCCUGCCCACAUCCUGCUCUAUAGCACACCCUUGUGGCCCAGCCCCCACACUGCACCGCACUGUACUGCACUGUAGCGCCCUCGUGUGGUGGGCUGGGGUGUGUGCAUCUGUCAACUCCCUGCAGUAGAGGACAUCGCAGAUUCAUUUUCAUCUCUUGCUCUUCUUGAUGUGACUGGAGUUCCGAGUUCACAGUCUCUUUCGUGUUGGACUCAAGAAAAAAGGGACGAGCGCAGGGAAAGAGAGUAAUAGAAUAACUCUAUCCAUCUCAAGAGAUGAAUUUUCCUGAAAAGUAUUUGUUUUCCAGAUGCUGGUUUCACUGGUUCAUGUUUAAUUUCCUUCAUACUAUAAUAAAAAAAUAUUUUUUUAAAAAGCGGUCAGCUGCGAAACAAGGAAUGCACAUGUAAACGCUCACUCUGUCAGAAUGGAGUAAGGGCUUCCGCACACCGGCUCCGACAAAGUGCUGAGCCCUGUUGGGCAAAAGUUCGAUUUCAUUGUGUUCAAUAGAACCCCACAUACUGUCGCCGAUGUCGGAUAGCAAUUAGAGACAAGUUCUAUUUUGUCUGCGCCGCCCAUUUACUAUCAAUUCUAUGUUCACGUAAAAUUGGGUUUUGGGGUCCGAACUAUGUCCGAAGUAAAGUGCGCCACAGUGCUGUCGGAGCCAAUGUGCGGCCGGCCUAAGAGUCUCUUAAGUGUUACUAUGAUAAUGAGUGCAGAUGAAGGCUGAACCCCCCCGAAAUGUUCACUGUUUUUCCACUACAUAGCACACUAUGCAGGAAACACUCGUCCUCAUGUAGGGGACGAGUGAACAUUUUGGACACGUAUUAACUCUUUGUCUGUCCUCAGUAUGUACAGAAAAUCCACUAUAUUCCACUUCAGAGGGGGGGACACUGCGACUAUGUGUCAUGU